GUUCUGCUUCGGACAACAGCCCUUUACAACACUGUUCAGGUGAUGACUCAUGGCAUUGAAACAAAGGUACAACAGAUAGUUAAGAAUGAAGUUGAGUAUAAAAGCGACCGAGUGGCAAGGUAAUGGCAAGCCAGGUUUGAGACAUAAGCAGCCAAAAUGAUGGGCAGGGUAAGACUUGUAAACAGUUACAUUUUAGACUCUUGCUUUGAAUUUUGUGCUUAUUGAUGAUUGAGAGUGAUUUUGUUAAAUAUUAGCACAAAAGUUCCCAUUGAAAAAAUAUUAUAUGUAAAUUUGGUGAAUGGUUUGUGAUCUCAGUUGCUGUGUAUAGCCUAACAAUUUAAAAGCUAGUAAAGAGAAACAAUUUAUUACAAUCAAUAAGCAUGUAGUACACUACAAGUUACAGUAGGCCUAUACUAACAAUGUUUACAAGGUACAGGAGAAAACAACAUUUCAUGUCUGUGUACUCUACUCUGAAUAUAGAUCACCUUCUACGAGGACAGGAACUUUGGGGGCCGUUCCUGGGACUGCAGUGGAGACAGUGCUGAUUUCUCCCCCUACCUCAGCCGCUGCGGCUCCUUCAGGGUGCACAAUGGCUGUUGGAUGAUGUACGACCAGUCCAACUACAUGGGAAACCAGUACUUCAUGAGGAGGGGAGAGUACCCUGACUACAUGAGCAUGUGGGGUUGGAACAACUCUAUCCAUUCCUGCCGUCAUAUCCCCAUGCACAGAGGAAACUACAGAAUGAGGAUCUACGAGAGGGAGAACUUCGGUGGUCAGAUGCAUGAGUGUAUGGACGAUUGUGACAGCAUGAUGGAUCGCUACCGUAUGAACCAGUGCCAGUCUUGCCACGUGAUGGAUGGUCACUGGCUCAUGUAUGAGCAGCCCCACUACAGAGGAAGACAGUACUACUUCCCUCCUGGAGAGUACAGAAGCUGGAGAAACAUGGGAUACCCCAACAUGAGAUUCAGUAGCAUGAGGCGUAUCACGGACUCUAUGCACUAAGCACUUGAAACUUGAACCUGAAAUAUG